AUGGCAGCCGAGAAGAGACUGAAAGAGGAGGCCGUGGAGUGGAUCGUGUUACGGUUAUCGAAUUAUACUCGGCAACAUCUUGGGUCAACAAUAAUACCGGCGAGACGAACGAAGCCAGACGUAUACGCUGCUCAAAAUGGAUAUGCAAAUGCUAUCAUGGAAAUCGAAGUGGAUGUCGAAGGCUCUCGCGACGUCCCGGACGGGCAGGUCCAGGUUCAAUUUGGCCCCGAGUGUAGUUUGGCAGCGUCGCAACUGCAGCCGGUGCGGCGGCACGACCGGUUUCCAGGAAGUCCGCCGACAAUGCCGAACGCGAUCGAUCGAAGCCGCGCACUGCUGAAAUGUCGUCCGCAAAUAGAGCUGUCGGGCGGCAUGCAUGUUAUUUAUUGGCGGGUCGAACCGCGAGACGUCGAUCGCGACCUUAACCCUAGCAGCAACGAGAAACAACGCGGGACAGAUCCAAGUAGAUUGGAGUACAAGGAUAACAGGGCUUACCCUUGGCCGGGUGGCGAGAGCCACUUUAUCCUGUAUCCCGAGAGCGCGAAUCAAACGAUCUACACGCAGGAGAUGAGAGCCUCGGAUGCGGGACGGUACUCGUGCCAGGCACGUAACGACACAACCACUUUGGAGGGCGACAUCACUCUCUCUGUACUCGAUGAGGAAUCCGGGGUCUACACGGGGAAACCUUUGCCCACUUACAAGCCCAGCUCGCAGUUGGUGCCGCUGGGGGGUUCGGCGAGGAUCUUCUGCGAGGCUUACCUGGGCAAGGUCGACCUGCCCGACGCCAAGAACUCCGUCACCUGGUCGAGGUGCGACAGCAACGUGACACUGCCCAACCACGGUAGGAUAGCGCAGCAGAGAGUGUCGCGGGAGAACGAUCAAAUAAUCGGCUCGUACUUGGGGAUUCAGGACGUCACUCUCGAGGAUUACGGCAAGUACAAAUGCGAAAUCAGCAACGGCGUCGACGAGGAGAUCACAUUGACAGCUCACGUGUAUCGGCCAGACCCGCAGUUCGUAUUGAGUCUUCCGAAUGGUUCCUGGCGGAAGUCUCUCCUGCUGGCAGUCCUCGUCCUCGUGCUGCUGCUAUCAGCCGGUGCAUUUUACGCGCGUUGCUGGCUGCCACUCGCACUGUUUUGCCGAGACAAGUUCGGCCACCUCGAGGAAAGCGACGGGAAGGAAUGCGACGCCCUGGUGUGCUACCACGAGAAGGACUCGAGCCUGGUGAUCGGUAUCGUGAUACCCACGCUGGAGUCCAGGCAUCGGUACAAGUGCGCGGCGCUGGAGCUGUCUCAGCUGAAUCACAAUUGGAGCCUGGAGAUCAGUCCUCACGCCAACACGGCCCGGCGAGUCAUCGUCGUGCUCAGCCCAGCCUCCCUGGACAACAUCUGGACGGACGCGAGCGUCGGCGCGGUGCUGAAGCAGCUGUCCUCGCUGCCGACCCGGACGAUCGUCGUCACACUGAAGAGACUGCCGAGCACGACGGCGACGAUCGCGAAGCGAUCGCGGCGCGACCGCCGCGACGCCGACAGCAUCUCCUUCGACCGGCUGACGAUCCUGUCCUGGCAGGACGGCGGCGGCGGUGGCGGCGGCGGUGGCAGCGACGGCGGCAACGGCACCGCACCCGGUAGUUGCGGCCGCAAGUUCUGGUACAAACUGAGGCUGGCGAUGCCGGCGAUGCGGCCGGUGGCGUCCGAGACCGGCUGCCAGUCGGUCGCGAUGAUAGUGCAGGCCAACGGCAAGUGCGGACAGCAAAAGGCACGCUCGCGCGAGAGUCUGGAGGUCCUCGUGUAAGGGACGCGACCC